AUGAGCAGAACAGCAGAGAGAGAGAAUGAGAGAAAGAGAGAAGUAGGCGAGAGUGUGAAGGAGAUGUGUUGCGAUGUUACUGGCUACAGGAUGGAAGUGAGAGAGGGUGAGCUUGUUGAUGUAGGCCAAUGUGUGCAAGUGCUUCUCCUAUAUUUCCAUAUGUGUGGCACAAAGACUGCAAACAAAAUGUACGUUAAACAAAAGAAAACCUAGAAGCUAAGUGGGGGGGCCUGUGUAAUGGUAGGGGAAAGACUGAUCAUCUUUAUCUUCACUCCGUACGUCACAAACACAAAACAAGUACUCUGUCUUCCUCUCACCCUAUUCUGAUAUCUCAUCCUCCUAUCUAAAGGCUGUUUUGAAAGUGUGGGAUUCUCCUUAGAGCAUUACACACACACACACACAUUUCCUGACAUGGCCAGAUGGUAGUUAUUUUCUCCUUCUCCUUUUCCAUAAAGCCUGUAGAGGAAUAGAGGGCUGUCUGGGUUUACUUUUAGUCAGCUUCAGAAAAUACUACUACAGCCUUUUCAGGACCAGGACAAAUACUAUGGAUUAAUAUUUUCCUGAAAAUCUACCACGUUUCAAUACCGGGAUUCAUUCAUAUUUAUCCAGAGAGUCCUGGGAAGUACUGCAAAAAUUGGAACUGCCCAUUUAAGUGUUUUAAAACCAGGAUAUUUUCACUAUGCCAGGGUUCUCCCUGAAAUAUGAGGGGCACUGUGUCACCUUGUUGGCUUGGCUGUGCCACUAUGUAUAGGUUUCAGAGCAAAUUAAACUGAUAUUUCGUAAUGAUAGAGUAGCUAUCUUUGAUUGCCAAUGACAUUGUUGUGAAUUGUGGAACAGCCCGUUCAUAAAUUCAGAGCGUUAUCAUGUUCCUCAAUUAAUUCAGCGCAUUUCAGCAGUAGGGUAUCUUGACACAGCGUGCACUCAGGACGCACAGAGCGCACUCAGAGUAUAGUGUUGUCGAAUCAUACAAACUUUGUAACGGCAGUCAAACAAAAGUCAAAUGACAAAAUUUACUAAGCUUGCUAGAUAACCUCCAACGAAUGACAGAAUAUCUCCUAUUUGGCAAAAACGAGUUAAUGAUUAUACAGAUUGCAGAUCAGCUCGUGGAUUAAGAGUAAAUUGUUUAAAUAGCAAGUUAUCUUAAUGGGGACCAACACUGUUUAAAAAAUAUACAUACAGUAUCUACUCUCAUACCGUUUGUUGAUCACACAUACAGUGGGGAGAACAAGUAUUUGAUACACUGCCGAUUUUGCAGGUUUUCCUACUUACAAAGCAUGUAGAGGUCUGUAAUUUUUAUCAUAGGUACACUUCAACUGUGAGAGACUGAAUCUAAAACAAAAAUCCAAAAAAUCACAUUGUAUGAUUUUUAAGUAAUGAAUUUGCAUUUUAUUGCAUGACAUAAGUAUUUGAUCACCUACCAACCAGUAAGAAUUCCGGCUCUCACAGACCUGUUAGUUUCUUUAAGAAGCCCUCCUGUUCUCCACUCAUUACCUGUAUUAACUGCACCUGUUUGAACUCGUUAUCUGUAUAAAAGACACCUGUCCACACACUCAAUCAAACAGACUCCAACCUCUCCACAAUGGCCAAGACCAGAGAGCUGUGUAAGGACAUCAGGGAUAAAAUUGUAGACCUGCACAAGGCUGGGAUGGGCUACAGGACAAUAGGCAAGCAGCUUGGUGAGAAGGCAACAACUGUUGGCGCAAUUAUUAGAAAAUGGAAGAAGUUCAAGAUGACGGUCAAUCACCCUCGGUCUGGGUCUCCAUGCAAGAUCUCACCUCGUGGGGCAUCAAUGAUCAUGAGGAAGGUGAGGGAUCAGCCCAGAACUACACGGCAGGACCUGGUCAAUGACCUGAAGAGAUCUGGGACCACAGUCUCAAAGAAAACCAUUAGUAACACACUACGCCGUCAUGGAUUAAAAUCCUGCAGCGCACGCAAGGUCCCCCUGCUCAAGCCAGCGCAUGUCCAGGCCCGUCUGAAGUUUGCCAAUGACCAUCUGGAUGAUCCAGAGGAGGAAUGGGAGAAGGUCAUGUGGUCUGAUGAGACAAAAAUAGAGCUUUUUGGUCUAAACUCCACUCGCCGUGUUUGGCGGAAGAAGAAGGAUGAGUACAACCCCAAGAACACCAUCCCAACCGUGAAGCAUGGAGGUGGAAACAUCAUUCUUUGGGAAUGCUUUUCUGCAAAGGGGACAGGACGACUGCACCGUAUUGAGGGGAGGAUGGAUGGGGCCAUGUAUCGCGAGAUCUUGGCCAACAACCUCCUUCCCUCAGUAAGAGCAUUGAAGAUGGGUCGUGGCUGGGUCUUCCAGCAUGACAACGACCCGAAACACACAGCCAGGGCAACUAAGGAGUGGCUCCGUAAGAAGCAUCUCAAGGUCCUGGAGUGGCCUAGCCAGUCUCCAGACCUGAACCCAAUAGAAAAUCUUUGGAGGGAGCUGAAAGUCCGUAUUGCCCAGCAACAGCCCCGAAACCUGAAGGAUCUGGAGAAGGUCUGUAUGGAGGAGUGGGCCAAAAUCCCUGCUGCAGUGUGUGCAAACCUGGUCAAGACCUACAGGAAAUGUACAGUGGGGAAAAAAGUAUUUAGUCAGCCACCAAUUGUGCAAGUUCUCCCACUUAAAAAGAUGAGAGGCCUGUAAUUUUCAUCAUAGGUACACGUCAACUAUGACAGACAAAAUGAGAAAAUCACAUUGUAGGAUUUUUAAUGAAUUUAUUUGCAAAUUAUGGUGGAAAAUAAGUAUUUGGUCAAUAACAAAAGUUUCUCAAUACUUUUAUAUACCCUUUGUUGGCAAUGACACAGGUCAAACGUUUUCUGUAAGUCUUCACAAGGUUUUCACACACUGUUGCUGGUAUUAUGGCCCAUUCCUCCAUGCAGAUCUCCUCUAGAGCAGUGAUGUUUUGGGGCUGUCGCUGGGCAACACGGACUUUCAACUCCCUCCAAAGAUUUUCUAUGGGGUUGAGAUCUGGAGACUGGCUAGGCCACUCCAGGACCUUGAAAUGCUUCUUACGAAGCCACUCCUUCGUUGCCCGGGCGGUGUGUUUGGGAUCAUUGUCAUGCUGAAAGACCCAGCCACGUUUCAUCUUCAAUGCCCUUGCUGAUGGAAGGAGGUUUUCACUCAAAAUCUCACGAUACAUGGCCCCAUUCAUUCUUUCCUUUACACGGAUCAGUCGUCCUGGUCCCUUUGCAGAAAAACAGCCCCAAAGCAUGAUGUUUCCACCCCCAUGCUUCACAGUAGGUAUGGUGUUCUUUGGAUGCAACUCAGCAUUAUUUGUCCUCCAAACACGACGACUUGAGUUUUUACCAAAAAGUUAUAUUUUGGUUUCAUCUGACCAUAUGACAUUCUCCCAAUCCUCUUCUGGAUCAUCCAAAUGCACUCUAGCAAACUUCAGACAUGUACUGGCUUAAGCAGGGGGACACGUCUGGCAUUGCAGGAUUUGAGUCCCUGGCGGCGUAGUGUGUUACUGAUGGUAGGCUUUGUUACUUUGGUCCCAGCUCUCUGCAGGUCAUUCACUAGGUCCCCCCGUGUGGUUCUGGGAUUUUUGCUCACCGUUCUUGUGAUCAUUUUGACCCCACGGGGUGAGAUCUUGCGUGGAGCCCCAGAUCGAGGGAGAUUAUCAGUGGUCUUGUAUGUCUUCCAUUUCCUAAUAAUUGCUCCCACAGUUGAUUUCUUCAAACCAAGCUGCUUACCUAUUGCAGAUUCAGUCUUCCCAGCCUGGUGCAGGUCUACAAUUUUGUUUCUGGUGUCCUUUGACAGCUCUUUGGUCUUGGCCAUAGUGGAGUUUAGAGUGUGGCUGUUUGAGGUUGUGGACAGGUGUCUUUUAUACUGAUAACAAGUUCAAACAGGUGCCAUUAAUACAGGUAACGAGUGGAGGACAGAGGAGCCUCUUAAAGAAGAAGUUACAGGUCUGUGAGAGCCAGAAUUCUUGCUUGUUUGUAGGUGACCAAAUACUUAUUUUCCACCAUAAUUUGCAAAUAAAUUCAUUAAAAAUCCUACAAUGUGAUUUUCUGGAGAAAAAAAAUCUCAAUUUGUCUGUCAUAGUUGACGUGUACCUAUGAUCAAAAUUACAGGCCUCUCUCAUCUUUUUAAGUGGGAGAACUUGCACAAUUGGUGGCUGACUAAAUACUUUUUUCCCCCACUGUAUGAUCUCUGUAACUGCAAACAAAGGUUUCUGUACCAAAUAUUAAGUUCUGCUUUUCUGAUGUAUCAAAUACUUAUGUCAUGCAAUAAAAUGCUAAUUAAUUACUUACAAAUCAUACAAUGUGAUUUUUGAUUUUUUGUUUUAGAUUCGUCUCUCACAGUUGAAGUGUACCUAUGAUAAAAAUUACAGACCUCUACAUGCUUUGUAAGUAGGAAAACCUGCAAAAUCGGCAGUGUAUCAAAUACUUGUUCUCCCCACUGUAUGCUCUCAUACGGGCUGCAAGUAUGAGAUGACGUGCUUUGAUAAUGCAACCUAUGGAUUACAGAGUAAAGUUAGGAAUUUUCAUUCAAGACAGGAGUCAGGAUUUUGGGUUUCAGUGGGAUUAGGACUGGAUAGGAAAAUAGCCGAGGCUCUAGGACAGGAGAAGAUAUAUAAUUUUUCCUCAUGCCUCUGGAAUAGAGUGCAAUUUGGGAGACAGAGAGACAGUCAAAUACUGCUUCUGGUUGGUUGAAUACAUAUGAGCUCAGUGCCCUGUAACUCUGCUAUAAAGUGCCUUGAAGCUGAAUACGAUCUUUAAUAGACAAGCAGUUGUUUUUGGAUGAUUUUAGCUGUUUUUGAGCAUUGCCAUUUAAGUCUGCACGUCUAGCGUUGCCAAAGCUCAAAGCAAAUUGCUCAAAUCAUCCCCAAAACAUCAACACAUUUAUAACUUCUUGCCUAUCAAAGAUUGAGAGUCUUUGCUGUAUCUGCAGCUUUCUGAGGACACAACCCUCAUAGUGUUUAAAGUGCAGGUCUUUGCUGUGACAGUGGCUGGCUGGAGAUUAGGGGCUCAGGCCUCUUCGUCUCCUCAGGACAAAGCAUCUCAUUGUCAGCCUGCCUUGCCUCCCAGACCCCCUGAGGACCGCCUGAGGCUGGAGCUGGGCGUGGUGACAGACACUAGCAGGAUGUAUGGGGGCUGUAGAGUCCUCUAGUCCUUGUGCUGUGUAAUUCUAAGACGACCCAGUGUUAUUCUACCUUUCCUUGGGCAGGAUUCUUCUGAGAGUCCCUGCAAGGACCUACACUCCACUAACACCAACAGUACCAACCUCAACCUGUCUGUCUGCCAAACAUGGUCAUACUGACAUAGUGAAGAGAAUGAGGAAAGAAUGAGCGAGGGAUGGAAUGAGAGAGCGCGAGAGAUGCACUAUAUAUACAAAAGUAUGUGGACACCCCUUCAAAUUAGUUGAUUCUGCUUUUUCAACCACACCUGUUGCUGACGGGUGUAUAAAAUCGAGCACACAGCAAUGCAAUCUCCAUAGACAAACAUUGGCAGUAGAAUGGCCUUACUGAAGAGUUAGUGACUUUCAACGUGGCACCGUCAUAGUGCCAACUGUAAAGUUGGAGGGAUAAUGGUCUGGGGCUGUUUUUCAUGGUUCGGGCUAGGCCCCUUAGUUCAAGUGAAGGGAAAUCUUAACGCUACAGCAUUCAAUUACAUUCUAGACAAUUCUGUGCUUCCAACUUUGUGGCAGCAGUUUGAGGAAGGCCCUUUCCUGUUUCAACAUGACAAUGCCCCCUUGCACAUUUACAUUUUUUACAUUUUUAGUCGACGCUCUUAUCCAGAGCGACUUACAGUUAGUGAGUGCAUACAUUUUUUUGUUGUUGUGGGAAUCGAACCCACAACCCUGGCGUUGCAAACACCAUGCUCUACCAACUGAGCUACAUCCCUGCCGGCCAUUCCCUCCCCUACCCAGGAUGACGCUGGGCCAAUUGUGCGCCGCCCCAUGGGUCUCCCGGUCACGGCGAAAGCAAUGUCACAAAAAAAUAUAAUCGCGACGUGUAAUGGAAACGGCAGCUGUAAGAGACAUUUUCUAAAGAGCUACAAAAAUGUUAUCCGUUCGACAGGGGUGGAUUUUUAUUUUGUCCAACUUUUUUUAUUGCGACAAAUGAUUGAAACUGUUUUUCAACAACAACAAAAAAUCCAGAAUAAUUUUGAAGGUACGUGGGCCACGUGAUGACAACACGUUACUAUGAAGCUUCACUCCACAUUUUAAUUCAUUUUCAACUAUAAAAAUGUUUAAUGUUUCUUUGCAGGAUCCUUAUCCUGACUUUCAGAAAUGGCUGAAUUGUUUCGCCUUUUCUGGUUGGCAGGAUGCAAGUUUCACCAUCUAAUUAUUUCAGAUCUACAGGCGUGCAAUUAUUAGAAUAUGGCAAAUAUUAGUCAAUUCUUGCAUUCUAUUCAUGUUGGCUUUCGCGGGCUACCUGAGACAUGAAUCCGGUGGGUGGGAGGGCAUACAGGCUAUCGCCAAUGUAUUAAUGCUCAAUUGGCCUAAAUGGGUAAUGUAAACACUUCAUUUUUAUUUGACACUAGGUUUUUGUGAAGAAGUAAAACGUUUGUGGUGUGACGUCAUUACGUCCAUUUAUUUUUAGCGACACGAGGUGUGUUUGUAAAUUCAAUCUGGAGUGCGCUCGGGGCGUUCGUAAAUUCAGAGCGUUGUCAGAUAGUCCGGUUGUAAAUUCCGAGCGUUUCGCUCAUGGAGCGUUCAGAGAGCACACUGGCCGAGGAGUAGGGUUGAUCUGAGCAUUCUGACCUCACAACAGCAGUCAAGCAAAUUGGCUAAAGUUGACUAGCUACUUUGCCACAUAUGAGAGAAUCUCACUCUGAUUAUUUUACUCGCCCUAGCAGAGGUGGUUAUCCAUAACGUUGGUGACUAACUGUGCAGCUGGCAACAAUUUAAUUACGCUUUUUUUUGCCGACGUUUACCGACACGGCCAUAUUCAACAGGGGUUGAGCGUUCGUAAAUUAAUCAGUUAUUCUGCGCUCUGGCACACUCAGACGAGAGUGCUCUGAAAUCGGAGUAGAUGGUCAGAGUGAAUUUACGAACGCACCCAAGAUAGUAAAAUGGAAACGCGACAAUAGCCUACUGCGGUGCAUCUGUUUUCUAUGUGAACUUUCUAAAUGUCGACAAAAAUAUUAUUAAAACAGCUACUGUUUCCCUUUUGAAAUUCGAUCUCGCCCCUGUAAAGAGAAAUGUUGUGAACGAACUAAACAAACUUUUGUGAUAUAGGCGAAAUCACGCAACAAUAUUAUUGUCAUGUAUAUAUCCAAUUACAUUUCAAUAGAAAAGCUAUGAAAACAGAGGAACAUUGAGCGUUUGCUGCCCUUCCAGCUGUAUAGUUUGUAGCUUUAGUUGGCUAAGUGAGAAGAGUUACUCAGCCUGCAUAGCAACCAUUUUUGUUAAGCAUAGCAACCAAUGUUUUUGCAAGGAUUAAAGUAUUUUGAUUUUUGUCCUCGGAAGGAUUAAAGCUGCAAUAUGUAACUCAUGUAAUUCUCAAUGAAAGCAAGUCUAAGAAGCGGUAGAUCUGUUCUAUGUGCACUAUUUCUAUGCUUCCCGUUCAAUUUAGUUUUUGUGUCUUUGACUUUCAGUUUUGUACACCAGCUGGAAAUACAUUAUUUUGGGUUAUUUAAUAAAUAUAUCACAGCGGUUUAGAUGGUACAAUGAUUUUCUACACUAUACAUUGCAUGUUUUGUCACAUAAACUGAAAUUAGGCGAACUAUUCACAUUUUUGAAACCAGGAAAUGGAGAGCAAUUUCUGCAUAUUGCACCUUUUUUUUAUUUUUUUUAUUUUUUUUUUAUAAUAUGAAUUUACUUACUUAAUCAAACUAACUUGCAGAAAGCAUUACAGGCAUCAUGAGCAAAUGUAAAUUAAGUGAAAGUGCCGCUUUUGAUUGGACAGUGAGCGUUGGAGGCGUCGUUCUUGAUCCGUUUCACAUUGAGGAGGCUCUAAGGAUGCUCUUAGCCCAGGGCUAAGGUGCAGUGUAAACAUGCCUGUUGUGUCUUUGCUCUCCUCCUGUGUGUCUUGGGCUGAUUCUCUCUACAGUGGUGGUAGUAGUAACUGGAUUAAAGAGCUCACAUUGGCUUUGGGUGUCCAUUUCAAACACCUUUCCAGAAACCAUGCUGCUAAGAGAUUUUAGUUGGCCCUCUGUGCUUUCUUCUGCGUUUGUGUGUACUGUGUGUACACACCAGCAAGCUGUGUGUGUCUCCCACAUUCAAAAUCUUGUUUGUUUGACCUAAUUGCUGUUGACAUGACAGUCUGGGAUAUGAGAUUUUCCGGGCCUCCACCCAUUCUAUUGUGAGUUAUAAUAGUUUAAUAAUAAUUGACCAUUCAGUACUGAAGCUGUCAUUCUGCCCAUGUUGAUUUUCCUCAACAGUCAAUGAUUAUGAAGCCAUGUGUGAAUCAAUAAUGACCUUCCAUUUUCAUCCCAGGCAACCCUAACCCUGCAGCAAACCGUCUCUAUUUCAUAUAAACUGAGUUUAUUUUCUGCAAGUGUACAAGUAUUCUACAGCAGGGAGACACCCAACAUGGGUGGCCGUUCAGGAUCAGGAUGCAAAGGUUGCUCUUAAGUGUUGGCAACAGAGAAUCAUUAACAGGUGACUAACGAUAACACAGCGAUAAUCUCUGGAACAACCCUCUUUAUCAGUAAAUGGGAGGGACACUUUUUUUUAAAUUAGGGCUCAUGAUGUUCUCCACUAUUGCUUAAAUAUCCUCUGGUCAUAAAGUGUCUCCACCUUUCCAGUAUAUGUAUCAGUUUUUUUUAGGUAAGACUGAAAUGGGAUUUAUCAUUAAGAUAUCGCUAAUAACCAGGGUGUUUUUGUUCAAAACGUUUUGUCCUCGAUAAAUCUGACUACCUUUUCCUGUCUUCUCUUGCUAUUCCCAUUAAUGUUUAGCCGUAGAUAUUUAGAGAAUUCGGCGAACUUUGUUUAAGAUUUAGAAAUCUCAUGGAUGCCAUAUUGGCACCAAAAGGUCAAAGAUCAGCUGUAUUGUAGUCUGGUUCUAAAUGAGACUGUUUGUCAUAGAGAGGGUUUGGUUGGUGCCAACAUGGAGGUUAGGUUUCCCAACCUCUCUCUGGCCAUGGUAUUGAUGACCUCAUUCCCCUUUCUGCUGUGACACAGUAGGAGCUCCUAUGUAGCUGUUAGCCUGUCUCUAGUGGGAUUAAAUGCUUAACCCAGCAUAUGGCCACUCUGGAUUAGCCCCUGUUAUACUAAACAUCAGUCAGUGUCCAGAGCUCAGCUAGACACUCCUGGAAGCCUUGUCACUCACGUGAGACACAGAGUUUAACUUGCAUAUGUACGCAUACACCCACACAGCUCUCUCACACAACCUCAGUCACACACUGUUCUGUUUUUAAAUCUAUUUUAAAAAAUGUAACAUUGAAUUUCUGGUCAAUUUUAGAACAAAUUCUUAUUUACAAUGACAGCCUGGAGUCAGUGAACUUCUCCUCCUAGAGACAAUAUUAUUCUACUGUUCAUACGUAUAGUAUGUAGAAGCAAGUAUAUAGCAUGGAGCAACUAUAGUAUUCUUAGAGUAAAACUGCACUAUGCUUUCUUGGUCAGUAACUACUAACAGCAGUUGAUCCAAUAUGCUUAAUGUCUAUUUUCCUUGCUAGCCGUCUCUAUGUUCCACAUUUACACUAAUAAAACACAGGGUGACGUUUUCAUUUUCCCAGAUGCCGGUCUGUGGUGUAAACCUGUUCUUUAAUACAUUGAGAACACAAACUUUGCUUCUUGGUCUUUGGACGGUUGCUGAACGCUACAACACACUCUCUCUGGAUCUUUGUCACACUAAUGGUAUUAUAACCUGAUUUUAAUAUCCCCAUUUCAUGUCAACUGUUGCUUUAUCAUUUGGAGUUGUUGGGUGCUUAUUUUUUUAUCUUUGUGAUGAGCAAUCUGCUAUUUGUAGAGGGAUACAUGUCUGAGUGACAAGAUGAUAUUGAUGGGUACUGACUUUAUAACUUGAAAUAUGAAAUAUCCUUAUUCAUGUUACUGAGGGAGAGAGAGGGAAUGCAGAAAGUUUACAUUCUGUCAGAACAUGUUAUCGUUAGACAUCAGGUAUCCUAUGGCGAGGAGAAGGGCCACAGUCUGGUUCCAGUCAACAGGACAGCCGUGAGUUGGGGAGGAGUGAGGAAUUUGGGCCGAGGUCAGGUCAGAUGAAGUGAGAAAGAACAGGCAUCACUAAAGUCGUGUCUAACAACACAGAUGUAUUGGCUGUCCAGAUGUGUAAGGAGUAGACUCGGCAUAGGAGGAAGGUAUAAAUACCAAUGCUUAUGUAAAUAUGACUUUGUCUUUGCAGCUGUUUAACCAUUGGGUGAAUAAACUUGGUUUGAGCUUCGACUAGUUGUCCGUUUAGGUUCUGACAAACAGAGUGAAAAACUAACAGUAUACAUCUGAGUGAAGAGAUGGUAAACAUCUCUGAGUGACGAGAUCUGCUCUCUCCAUGUAACAGCGUAGACAUGUGCUGAACUAGACAUUCUCUCUCUAUCUAUCAUCUAUCUGUUUUCUCUGUCUGUCCGUAGGACUGGAAGGCAGAGCUGCGUCCUCGUCUGUGCUCCAUGAAGAAGGGUGCGACGGGCUAUGGCUUUAACCUGCACAGUGACAAGUCUAAACCAGGCCAGUACAUCAGGGCUGUGGACCAGGACUCUCCUGCUGACAAGGCUGGCCUCAAACCCCAGGACAAGAUAUUACAGGUACCUCUUUACUGUACACUUUCCUUUACACACACACACACACACACACACACACACACACACACACACACACACACGUGUGGACUCCAACACAGACACAAACAGCGACAUUAAGAUUUUAUAAACCCAACUACUGAGCAGCACUCCUCUUAUCCCUGUCUCUAGACCAGAUUAGGAAUGCAGAGCAAUAUUCUUCUGGUACUGUCUGUGUCCACCCUCUCUUAUGAACUUGUACAUACAAACAUGAUGUCUUUGUCUUAUCUGUUGUACAGACAGUAGGCAUCGACGUGAUCAUCAGACAGUUUAGGUGUGUGUGUUUUGCCUGACUGGUGGGAACGUGGCAUGUGCUGGGCUGGAGGAGGAAUGUGUGUGUUGUAAUCCCAUUACACCAGUGGCAGAGUGGUCAAAUCAAAAUCUAAUUUUAUUGGUCACGUAUUUUGCAGAUGUUAUCGCAGGGGCAGCGAAAUGCUUAUGUUUCUAGGUCCAACAGUGCAAUAAUACCACACAAAAACAAAAUAAAAAAAUUAAGAAAUAUCAGAAUGAGCAAUGUCAGAGUCCGGAAUAUAAAUAUAUGUAUAAUGUUGUGUAUGUACAGUAUAUACAGUGCCUUCGGAAAGUAUUCAGACCCCCUUGACUUUUUCCACACUUUGUUAGGUUACAGCCUUAUUCUAAAAUGGAUUUUUUUUAAUAAUCCCCCUCAUCAAUCUACACACCAUAACCCAUAAUGACAAAGCAAAAAUAGGUUUUUAGACAUUUUUGCUAAUUUCUAAAAAAUAAAAUAAAAACGGAAAUAUCACGUUUACAUAAGUAUUCAGACCUUUACUCAGUACUUUGCUGAAGCACCUUUGUCAGCGAUUACAGCCUCGAGUCUUCUUGAGGAUGACGCUACAAGCUUGGCACACCUGUAUUUGGGGAGUUUCUCCCAUUCUUCUCUGCAGAUCCUCUCAAGCUCUGUCAGGUUGGAUGGGGAGCGUCGCUGCACAGCUAUUUUAAGGUCUCUCCAGAGAUGUUAGAUCGGGUUCAAGUCUGGGCUCUGGCUGGGCCACUCAAGGACAUUCAGAGACUUGUCCCGAAGCCACUCCUGCGUUGUCUUUGCUGUGUGCUUAGGGUCAUUGUCCUGUGGAAGGUGAACCUUCGCCCCAGUCUGAGGUCCUGAGCGCUUUGGUGCAGGUUUUCAUCAAGGAUCUCUCUGUACUUUGCUCCAAUCAUCUUUCCCUAGAUCCUGACUAGUCUCCCCAGUCCCUGCCACUGAAAAACAUACCCACUGCAUGAUGCUGCCACCACCAUGCUUCACCAUAUGGAUGUUGCCAGGUUUCCUCCAGACGUAACGCUUGGCAUUCAGGCCAAAGAGUUCAAUCUUGGUUUCAUCUGAGCAGAUAAUCUUGUUUUUCAUGGUCUGAGAGUCUUUAGGUGCCUUUUGGCAAACUCCAAGCAGGCUGUCAUGUGCCUUUUACUGAGGAGUGGCUUCCGUCUGGUCACUCUACCAUAAAGGCCUGAUUGAUGGAGUGCUGCAGAGAUGGUUGGGUUCUGGAAGGUUCUCCCAUCUCCACAGUGACCAUCGGGUUCUUGGUUACCUCCCUGACCAAGGCCAUUCUCCCCCGAUUGCUCAGUUUGGCCAAGCGGCCAGCUCUAUGAAGAGUCUUGGUGGUUCCAAACUUCUUCCAUUUAAGAAUGGUCUUGGGGACCUUCAAUGCUGCAGACAUUUUUUGGUACCCUUCCCAAAUCAAAUCAAAUGUGUUGGUCACAUACACAUGGUUAUCAGAUGUUAUUGUGAGUGUAGCGAAAUGCUUGUGCUUCUAGUUCCGACAGUGCAGCAAUAUCAAGCAAGUAAUACCUAACAGUUCCACAACAUAAACACACAAAUCUAAGUAAAGGAAUGGAAUAAGUAUAUAUAAAUAUAUGGAUGAGCAAUGUCAUUAUCAGAGUGGCAUAGGCUAAGAUGUAAUAGAUAGUAUAGAAUACAGUAUAUACAUAUGAAACGAGUAAUGCAAGAUAUGCCAACAUUAUUAAAGUGGCAUUAUUAAAGUGACUAGUGUUCCAUUUAUUAAAGUGGCAAGUGAUUUUCAAGUCUGUAUGUAGGCAGCAGCCUCUCUGUGCUAGUAAUGGCUGUUUAACAGUCAGAUGGCCUUGAGAUAGAAGCUGUUUUUCAGUCUCUCGGUGCCAGCUUUGAUGCACCUGUACUGACCUCGCCUUCUGGAAGAUAGCAGGGUGAACAGGCAGUGGCUCGGGUGGUUGAUGUCCUUGAUGAUCUUUUUGGCCUUCCUGAGACAUCGGGUGCUGUAGGUGUCCUGGAGGGCGGGUAGUUUGCCCCGGGUCAUGCGUUGUGCAGACCGCACCACCCUCUGGAGAGCCCUGCGGUUGUGGGCGGUGCAGUUGCCGUACCAGGUGGUGAUACAGCCCGACAGGAUGCUUUCAAUUGUGCAUCUGUAAAGGUUUGUGUGGGUUUUAGGUGACAGGCCACAUUUCUUCAGCCUCCUGUGGUUGUGCCUUGACACAAACCUGUCUCGGAGCUCCAUGGACAAUUCCUUCGACCUCAUGACUUGGUUUCUGCUCUGACAUGCACUGUCAACUGUGGGACCUUAUCUAGACAGGUGUGUGCCUUUCCAAAUCAGGUCCAAUCAAUUGAAUUUACCACAGGUGGACUCCAAUCAAGUUGGAGAAACAUCUCAAGGAUGAUCAAUGGAAACAGGAUGCACCUGAGCUCAAUUUCGAGUCUCAUAGCAAAGUGUCUGAAUACUUAUGUGAAUAAGGUAUUUCUGUUUUUAAUACAUUUUCAAAAUUGUCUAAACCUUUUUUCGCAUUGUCAUUAUGGGGUAUUGUGUGUAGAUUGCUGAGGAUUUGUAUAUAAUACAUUUUAGAAUAAGGCUGUAACAUAACAAAGUGGAAAAAGUAAAGGGGUCUGAAUACUUUCCAAAGGCACUAAGUAUAAAGGUGUAUGUACAGCAGUAGUUGUCUAGGAUGAGCUUUGACAAGAAUACAGUAUAUAUAUACAUAUGAAGUGGGUGAAACGCUAUGUAAACAUAAUUAAAGUGACCAGUGAUUCCAUGUCUAUGUACAGUGAGGGGGAAAAAAGUAUUUGAUCCCCUGCUGAUUUUGUAUGUUUGCCCACUGACAAAGACAUGAUCGGUCUAUAAUUUUAAUGGUAGGUUUAUUUGAACAGUGAGAGACAGAAUAACAUCAACAAAAUCCAGAAAAACACAUGUCAAAAAUGUUAUAAAUUGAUUUGCAUUUUAAUGAGGGAAAUAAGUAUUUGACCCCCUCUCAAUCAGAAAGAUUUCUGGCUCCCAGGUGUCUUUUAUACAGGUAACGAGCUGAGAUUAGGAGCACACUCUUAAAAAAAGUUCAUAUACAGGGCCGUCUGAAGUUUGCCAAUGACCAUCUGAAGGAUUCAGAGGAGAACUGGGUGAAAGUGUUGUGGUCAGAUGAGACCAAAAUCGAGUUAUUUGGCAACUCAACUCGCCGUGUUUGGAGGAGGAGGAAUGCUGCCUAUGACCCCAAGAACACCAUCCCCACCGUCAAACAUGGGUGGGGAUGGUGGGGGUGUUUUUCUGUUAAGGGGACAGGACAACUUCACCGCAUCAAAGGGAUGAUGGACGGGGGCCAUGUACCGUCAAAUCUUGGGUGAGAACCUCCCCUCAGCCAGGGCAUUGAAAAUGGGUCGUGGAUGGGUAUUCCAGCAUGACAAUGACCCAAAACACACGGCCAAGGCAACAAAGGAGUGGCUCAAGAAGAAGCACAUUAAGGUCCUGGAGUGGCCUAGCCAGUCUCCAGACCUUAAUCCCAUAGAAAAUAUGUGGAGGGAGCUGAAGUUUCGAGUUGCCAAACGUCAGCCUCGAAACCUUAAUGACUUGGAGAAGAUCUGCAAAGAGGAGUGGGACAAAAUCCCUCCUGAGAUGUGUGCAAACCUGGUGGCCAACUACAAGAAACGUCUGACCUCUGUGAUUGCCAACAAGGGUUUUGCCACCAAGUACUAAGUCAUGUUUUGCAGAGGGGUCAAAUACUUAUUUCCCUCAUUAAAAUGCAAAUCAAUUUAUAACAUUUUUGACAUGCGUUUUUCUGGAUUUUGUUGUUGUUAUUCUGUCUCUCACUGUUCAAAUAAACCUACCAUUAAAAUUAUAGACUGAUCAUGUCUUUGUCAGUGGGCAAACGUACAAAAUCAGCAGGGGAUCAAAUACUUUUUUCCCUCACUGUACAUAGGGAAGCAGUCUCUAAGGUGCAUGGUAGAGUCCUGGGUGGUAGCCGGCAAGUAAAAGUGACUAAGUUCAGGGCAGGAUAUUGGGCGGAGGCCGGCUAGUGGGGACUAUUUAACAGUCUGAUGGCCUUGAAAUGGAAGCUGUUUUUCAGUCUCUCUGUAAUGGCAAUCAGUACUGCGAUUAGGUAACGCACUGCUGGGAAGUGUGUGUGUGAGUGAGGGAGAGAGGGUCGUACAAGGCCCAUGUUAAUGUGUGAAGGGGAAACAGUAUUUUGUCCUUGACGUUUUUAUUCUGUUGUUCUUCGGGCCCUUGGUCCCCAUGUUGUAAUACUACCACAGUUAAUCCACUAACAGUGUCUCUGACCUGAAUUGCACUCCAAUUACAUGGACUUCAAACAGUGUGUCUAACAAAGGUCAAGGCUUUAAGUCUAUAAUGCUUUAUACUUUAUACUAACCAGGGACAUGAUUGUGUGCGACCAUUCUUAGGUAUGGUAAUACACACACACACACACAUCAGUGAAUGGGAUGAGGGAGAGGGUGUAUAAUGGCUCUGUUGUUUGAUCAAAGUGUGGGAGUCUGUGAGAGAGAUUCCAGAUUCCACCUCUGACUUUUCUCCCACUGGAAUUCCACAGGCAUUACUUUGGUCCUAUAGCAGUGCUUAGUUCCUCCAGCGUCCCGAACCGUUUCUUUCAGUUUAAACCUCAUUGGAGGACUGGACUGUGUGUUCUAGUCCCUAACCACUACACCACCCACAACAUGGCUGCAUUCACAUCAAGUCUAUUGUCUCACUGUUCUCUCACUGUUAUCAUUGUGGAUGUACUGGACAGCGGUACUGUACUUUGAUAACAUUUUUUUUUACUCUUCUGUCUCUCUCUGCCCCCCCCCAGGUUAACAGUAUGUCAGUAGUAGGGAUGCAGCACAGUGAGGUGGUAGCAGCCAUCAAGGCCGGGGGAGAUGAGACCAGUCUACUGGUGGUGGAUCGUGAGGCAGAGGCUUUCUUCAACAGCUGCAACGUCAUUCCUACUGAGGCCCACCUCACAGGUACGUACAGAGGGACACGGACAGAGGGACACGGACAGAGGGACACGGACAGACAGAGUGGCCUUGUUGAAGUUAAUGAUUAAACUGAAGUUCGGGUGGAGGACUAGCUGGCUGGCAUCAGAACUAAAACAAGCCAAUAACCUUCUCUUUAAAGAUGAAGUCAUUGCAACCAUAUCCACAGUGACAGGAAACAAAGAGCCCUAAAGAUCUGGGACAGAGGAGUCGGGCACUAAAGUCAAACCCUUUAUUCAGAUAUUUGAUUUCCACAGUAUUUAUUAGUCCGAUUAGUCAACAAUACCACUGACAUCAUACAGGACAGGAGUGAGGGGAGGACUGUGGUUCCAAUUAAGUAGUUUAUCUGCCGUUUGUAUCACCAUUCCUUAUCAACAAUGUCAACAAAACUAAAUAUUGUCCCACUGUUUCCUUCUAGGACCUCUUCCUGAACCUGUGUCAGAUGGAGGAGCAGAGGAGGAGGUGAGGAGGACUGUGUGUGGGGGGGAGGCAAAUCCGCUCGCUUUGUCUGUCUCGCGCCUUCACUGUCUCUCUCUUUCCCGAACACUUUCACACGAUUCAGAGCUUGGCUCAAAGCUUUAAUUAUUGAAUUGGUAAAUCAGAAACCUAAAUAAGCCUUUGGCUAGAUAAGAUGUGUGUGUGUGAGGUCAGUAGUAUCAUACCUCAUUGAGGGCAGACGGGCCGAAUGUAGUGACAUUAAAGCUGUGUCCUAUGCCCUUAAAAAGGGUACUAAUCUUUACAGAUGCCCAUUUGUCUCUGAUCAAAAGUAGUACACUUUAUAGGUAAUAGGGUGCCAUUUGGGACUGACAAUAAGAUUGAUGCUGGCUGACAAAGCAGCCGUAACACCUGGGACCAAGCGUAGGGGAUUGGUAGCGAUGACAUCGCGGCUGACCAUGUCGCCAUGGUAACUGUCGAUCAGUGUUCUCUCUCUGCCCAGCCCUGAAGGACCAUGGGAUUGGGAGCCUCUAUAAUUCUUGAAGCCUACUGGUGAUUCUGCUAAUGAGAUGAGAUGGCUAACUAUCUGACUAGCUCUCGUCCAUCUUGCUCACUCACACUAACUCAGAGCUAUAAAGCUGAGAGUAGAGAACAAAAGCACAUCUCAAUGGUUCUGAGCAAGUGCUGGUAAAGUCAAUGUUCAGCAGCAAAUAAGACUGCACACAGUGAUCAGUGUUUGUGUGUUGUCAGUUGACGGAAUCACACAGGUUGCUAUGAGUAGGGCACCGCAUGGUGAAUCCUGACCUCUUGUGGCCACAGUGAUGUAGCACACCUACUGGUGAUGGUGUGAUUUCAAUGUACUGGUAUGUGUGUUUCAGAGGUGUGUUUAUCUGUGUGUGAUGCAGGUGAACGAUAAGGUGUUUGUCUGUACAGGUGAACGAUAAGGUGUGUUUCUAAUGUGUGUGUCGCUAUCUCUACAGGUCGAGGUAAAGUCUAAGGUGUCCGUAAGUUCGUCUACAUCCAGCGCCUCCUCCACUGCCUCUCUACCAACAGCCACUGCCAGCACCCCUCCACCAGAGGUGUGUGUGUGUGGAAGUGUUUAACUAUAUUUGUAAGGGACCAGAAGUCCCCACAACAAUAGUAAACAAACACAAAUUUAGCCAACUGGGGACAUUUUGUUAGUCCCCACAAGGUCAAAUUCUAUUUCUAGGGAGUUUAGGGUAAAGGUUAGGAGCAGGGUUAGAUUUAGGGUUAGGAGCUAGGUUUAGGGUUAAGGUUAGGUUUUGGGGUUAGGGUAAGGGAAAAUAGGAUUUUGAAUGGGACUGAAUUGUGUCCCCACAAGGUUAGUUAUACAAGACUGUGUGUGUAAGCGGUGAACAUUUUUGUCAGUGGAAUAUCUAAUGAGUAACAUGUUCUCUCUCUCUAUGUGUGUGUGCGCGUGUUUGCUUGCAGGUAAAAUUCCAGGCGGUUCCGGCUAAGGAGCCUGAUGUAGGCCUCGCCCUCAGCAUGUCUCUAGCCCAGGCCAAGGAGAGGGCUCACCAGAAACGCUCAGCCAAGAAAGUCCCUGCCAUGGACUGGCGCAAGAGGAACGAACUCUUCAGUAACCUAUAAACCACAUAUUUCCUUCUUUCUUUCUCU